GUGCUAGAGGUGCUGCCAGUCAACCUGCCCAGUGGGUUCCAAGAUAGUGGCCUCAACCACCUGGCACGCGUGGGCUUCAGCAAGCUCUCCACCGACGUGGGCAAACUGGGCGAGGAGGCGGACUCCUGGGGUUAUGGUUCCACAGGCAAACGCUCGCUCGCUGGGCGCUACGAAAGCUUUGGGCAGCCCUUCAAUGUGGGCGACCAGGUCACGUGUUUCCUGGACCUCAGCGGAGACAAGGGACGCAUUUCCUUUGCCAAGAAUUCGAUGCCGAUGAUGCUGGCAUAUCAGAUCGACCUGCCGGGAGGGCUGGGGGAUGCCAUCUUCCCCCACGUGCUGCUGAAGAAUGUUUCGGUGAGGUUGGACUUUGAGGGGAAGGAGUUCGCAGAUGUUGUGGGGGCCAGCAUUGAUGACUACCUGCCGUGGAAGUUUGCUCUUAUGGACAAGAGGUUCAUUGUGAACGUUGCGCCUCAGCGACCGGUACCGUUCUCUGAAUGCGAGGUGAUCAUGCUCGUGGGGCUUCCAGGCUCUGGGAAGACGACCUGGGCCAGCAAGUUUGCUGCACGCCAUCCCGAGAAGCGCUUCAUUGUGCUGGGGACCAACCUGGUGAUGGAGCAAAUGAGGGUCAUGGGAUUGAAGCGCAAAGGUAACUACUCCGGCCGCUUUGACGAGCUUAUGAAGAUCGCCACAGAAGUCUUCAACACACUUCUGGAGAGGGCUGCUCAACUGCCAAGGAACUACAUACUGGAUCAGACGAAUGUCUAUGAAAAAGCCCGAAUCCGAAAGCUGAAACCAUUCCACAGGGCAGGUUUCAGGAGGAUCUCAGCUGUCUUUGUAGUCCCAGACCAAAUCCUUUUCGAGAGGCAGCAAAGGCAACAUCAGGAUGAGGGCAAGUUUGUGCCCGACCAGUCAAUUGCUGAUAUGAAAGUGAACUUUGCAAUCCCACAGAUGGGGCCAUGGCCCCGGUUUGACGAUGUCUUUUUUGUGGAGAUGGGACUCCCAGACGCCCUGAAGGUGGUGGAGAGCCAACGACAGGCUGGGCUGGCAUGGAUAAGAGAAAACAAAAAGAGGUCCUUGGAAGGGGCCAACAAGCCGAUGAUGAUGCCUGGCAACCCGAUGGGCCCCAUGAGUCAGCUUGGAUCGUUUGGAGAGCAGUUGGGUGGCAGUCAGGGUCCGGGACUGCCUGGGAUGGGGCUGGACAUGAUGCUGCCGGGCGGGCAGAUUCCCAUGGUGCCACAGGGUGUUGUUCCGAUGGUGAGGGACUCUGGGCGGAACCAGCAGAUGGGCCCACUGCACAACAGUCCACGGCCCAUGGUUCGUGUCGACAUGGAAGGCGGCAUGGACUCGCGAGGCGGCAUGGCCCGGCCACCAGCGCUGGGUCCGCCUGGCCGCCUGCAGGGCAACAGGGGCCCAGGGAGGGGCCGACCGAUGACCAACAGCCGGCGGCGGAUGGACGGUGGUGGCGACUUCGGGAUGGGCGGAGAUAGGUUUAAUAGGAUGGAGGGGCCCAGACCAUUGAUGCACGGAGGUCCGAUGGUCAAGGAUGAAGAUCUGCGGAAAGGGGAUUGGGGAAUGGAAGGGGGAAUGGGAAGGUUAGAAGACGGUGGCUUCAAUCCUAAGAGAGGGCGAAUGGGGUCCAGGGAACCCAUGGGCAUGGGGUCCAGGGAACCCAUGGGCAUGGGGUCCAGGGAGCCCAUGGGCUUGGGUCCCAGGGAACCCAUGGGCAUGGGCCCCAAGGACCCGAUGGGGAUGGGACCCAGGGAACUGAAGGGAAUGGGGCCCAGGGAACUGAAGGGAAUGGGGCCCAGGGGUCCGAUGGGUAUGGGCUCAAGGGAACCCAUGGGCAUGGGCCCCAGGGGGCCAAUGGGCUUGGGAAACAGAGACCCCAUGGGCCUGGGCCCCAGCGAGCCAUUGGGCCUUGCAGACAAGGGGCCCAUGGGAUUUGAUGGAGAUCCUGGGAUUGUUAUGCCCCCUGGCCUUGGCAAGAUGCCCCCGAUGGGUGGCAGGGGAGAGAUGUUGCGGACCGGGGGGGCUGGCAUGGGUGGCCCGCCUUUCAGGGAUGCUGGCAUUGGCCCGAGGAUUGAUGCUGUGGAAAUGCCCCCUGGGCUGGGCAUGGGGGAUCCUCCAAACGGGGAGGCGUUGGGUGGUCCGGGGAUGCGCAUGGGGGAGGGCCCAGGCGGUGGACUGGGAAGAGGCAGGAUGCACAACAUGGGGAUGGGAGGCAUGGGGAUGCAGGGCCAAAGCAGGGGAGGGAGGGGGCUUGGAGGAGGCCGUGGCAUGGGCCGCAGUGCAGGCCGCAGUGCAAAGGGGCCAACGAUGGGCAGGGGGCCACAUGCCACGUUGCUGGGUUCUAAGGCAAAGCAGCAAGAGCAGCUUCCAGGUGGCCCUCAUUCACAGCAGCACCACCGGGUGGGCAUGGGGAUGGCAAACCCCGCUCCGCAGGGCAUGUCAAGGUCAGACAGCAGAGGUCGUGGCACUGGGCAGCGGCCAUCACUGCCUGGCAGGCCUGGCCCAUUUGCAAAUACUGCUGGACCAAGAUCAACUCCAACGAUGAUGGGCGAUCGUCCCAACUUUGCAAGAGCUCUGGAAGGCGGGAGAGGCUCGGGUCCAGCCAAAACGCAGCAAAUGGCAACGCAGCGGGGUCAGCAGUUUGACAAUCCGCUGUACCCUGCUGUUGGGGCAGCUUCACCAGCCGCAGCGGUACCCUUGCCAGGGAAAUCCCUGCCUGUGCCUGGGCAGUUGGCUGAGCAGCAGGCAGUAAAUUAUGGCAGCGGUGGUGGACCACAGGAUGUGCAGGCCGCGCACCCAAUGAGUGCGAUAGCUCGUGCCGGCGCCCCCAGUCAACGGGCACAUGGUCCGGGCCAAGCUCCCAGGACGAACGACGUGGCUGCAGGCAUCGAGGCGCAGAGAUACCUGGCCCCAAGUGGAGGCAUUGGGCCUCAAGAGCGCAUCGGGCCCACGGUGGAUCAGUUGGAUCAGCAGCCAGGGGCAUGGCCUUCAUCUAGCAGCUCUUUCUAUGGGCAGCCACAGCAGGGGCGACAGCAGGGACGCCCUUCAGAUGCGUACAUUCAUGGCACUCCCAUAGGGCCGUCGCAGGCGGACAAGCAGCAGGUUGGCCCGGAGCAGCAGCAACCCCUCCCUCUGCCCGACCAGCAGAUGCCCGCCUACGGAGUCCAGACGGGGCCCCAUCCCGCCCCGCUGCAAGUCGCCCAGUCCCAGCAGCCCGUGCCACAGCCGGCACAGACCAACCCGAGCACGCAGCCGGGCUGGCACCCCCACGCCCACGCCCAGCCGCACUACUCUGGCUUCGCGACGCAUACAAGCCAAUACGGGCAGCCCCAGCCCAGUGCCACCGCUCAGGCCCCCGUGCCGCAGGUCGGGCCCUCCCCUGCUGCAAGGGCGCAGCCGGCCGCCCAACCCGCCGCCCAGCCUGCCGCCCAGCCCGCCGCGAGGCCCCCAGCCCAGGCCGCAGGCCGGAUGUACUACGACCAGACGGGCGCAAGCCAGGUGCCUGCGGCCCCCCAGGUGCAGAAUGCCGCCGCUGCAGCGUACGGCCAGGCGGGCGAGACGUACGCGGCCAACCCGGGCUAUCCCGCGGCGUACGAGCAAGACUACGCGCAGAUGGGCCAGCAGCAGCCCCAGCCGCAUCCUCAGCCCGGCCAGCCAGCGGGGUACUACAGCGGCUACGCCGCAUCCGCGCAGCCGGUGCCGCAGCAGCCGGCUCAGCAGUAUGAAGGGUACACGGCGCCGCCCAGUGGGCAGUACGACUACUAUGGCCAGGCUGCAGGGGGGGACAAAACGCAGAAUGGCGCGUACCCCCAGCAGGGGUACGGCUACGCCGCGGCGCCAGCGGAUGCGACGUACCCGAGCCAAGCCGCUGCCGGCCAGGUGCAGCCGUACGGGGCGCAAGCGGCCGAGGCGCAAGCCCAGCAGCUGGCGCCAUUCUAUCCUCCACAAGGGUACGACUACGGACAGGGGGCACAGCCGCCCGCAGCGGGCUACGGGGCGCAGUACCAGCAGCCAGUCCCAGAUCCCGGUGCUGCUAUGUAUGGGGCCCAGGGAUACUGA